AAUCAAUUUGUUAUCUCGUACAAUAUAUAGAAAGUUUCAAGUUGCAGCGUCUCCCGAUAAGUCUAGCCUGUGUUUAACUCAAGUGAACAAACUCUGUGGUACAACACAAGACCAGACCACCGGAUCGAGCUAGAAAUGGAGGUUGUGUUUCCUCCACCUACAACGUCUAACAAGUCUCUCCCCAUCUUUAUUAAUUCCAAGCCCACACCAAGACUGCGCUGUAGUAUCAUCAUCUCCGAAAUCCAGGAAAUCCGGGUAUGCACCAACCGGAGUUGCCGUAGACAAGGUUCCAUGCAGACCCUUGAGACCAUCACGGCCCUCGCUCCCCCCACAGUCGCCGUCAAGUCCUGCGGCUGUUUGAGCUGCUGCGGCAACGGCCCCAACCUCGUCGCGCUUCCAGCUGGCACUCUGGUCGGUCAUUGCGGAACCAGGGCUCGAGCCGCCGAGGUCCUCGUGGCACUCUGCGGGGGAGCUUGGGAUUCCGACGCUGCUGACAAGAGUUUGGAAGCGCUUGCGUUGAGGAAUAAAGCUGAGAUUGAGCUCAACAACAACAACAAUUUCUCUCAGGCUGAGCUCUUCCUCUCACAGGCUAUAGAAUUAAGGCCAAUUGGUGGCAUCCAUAUUACAUACAAGGACAGGUCUGUUGCAAGAUUAGCACUGGGAAAUCAUUCUGGGGCUCUUGAAGAUGCCGCACAAGCUUUGGCAUUAAAUCCUAUUUAUCCGGAGGCUUAUAUUUGCCAAGGCGAUGCAUUCUUGGCAAUGAGUCAUUUUGAUUCAGCUCAGAAGUCAUAUUUGACAGCUCUACAGAUAGAUCCUUCUAUUCGACGCUCCAAAUCUUUCAAGGCUCGGAUUGCAAACCUCGAGAAACUCACUGCUGUACCUGAUUAAGUCUUAAGAUCUCCAAUGUCUCUGAAGUCUUGUAUACAUCAAUUACAGAACUGUGCUGAUAAAAGUCAUAAUGUUCAGACUCUUUGCAGGUUUGUCUGUGUCAUUCAUUUUAUGCAUGCUGGAGUUCAUAUUAUAGGUCUAGCAUGCAUGAUAAGUUCAACAUUCAUACACAAUAAUUAUAGUGACAAUAAAAGAAUUUAUAGAAGAAGAAGCAGCUACUAGUCUCUUUUGUACCUCUGUAGUAUAUAUGAGAUGGUCAAGAUUUGACAAUAAUAUUUAGAUCGAGAUUGGAAUUGA